ACUUCCUGAAAGUCCAAAAAAAAUUGGCGCAUUUGUAGUUCAUUGUUUGAGAGUCAAAUAAUAGACGCCGCGACUUAAACAUUUCUGGUGGGCAUUUACAGACAAGCUACAAGUCACGCAACAAGCAGCAGCACGGCUGGAUUCAGCACACCACCUCACUACCUCACCACUUUCAGUGAGACACAGCCUGAAUCAGCAGGCCGAGCAAAGCACCCCAGACAUCCCUCUCCCCGGCAACACCCUCCAGCUCCUCCUGGGAGACCCCACAGCGGUGAGCAGAUAUGCCUGUUCAACAACUGCUCCUUCAGACUCUGGAAGGCCUGCGCCAAGCUGACUUUAAAAGGCUUAAAUGGUUUCUCAUGGCAGACACCUUGGAGGGCUGCAAACCAAUUCCUGUUGCCCGUUUGGAGAGGGCAACCCGGAUGGACACUGUGAGCAGGAUGAUCGAGAGCUACGGUGAACAUUUGGCUGUGAGCAUCAUUGUUGAGAUUCUGGAGAAGAUGAGCAACAGCACCGCUGCAGAGAGGUUACAGAAAACCUACACAGAGGAAGCAGCAGCACAGGAGAAAGUCUCUCAUUCUCUUGUAACCUCCUCGUCUCCUUUGGGUCUUCCAACUGAGGGAGCAGCAGCUCAGGAGAAAGUCUCUUGUGCAGGUGUAACCUCCUCUUCCUGGUCUGCUGUGGAUCUUCCAACUGAUCAGAAAAUUUCUACUGAUGGAGCAGCUGGUGCCAUCGUUCCUAGCGCCCCAAAUGCCUGUUAUCGUGAGGGAGCAGCAGCUCAGGAGAAAGUCUCUCGUGCAGGUGUAACCUCCUCUUCCUGGUCUGCUGUGGAUCUUCCAACUGAUCAGAAAAUUUCUACUGAUGGAGCAGCUGGUGCCAUCGUUCCUAGCGCCCCAAAUGCCUGUUAUCGUGAGGGAGCAGCAGCUCAGGAGAAAGUCUCCCUUGCAGUUGGAACCUCCUCCUCGUCUGCUUUGUGUCUGCCAACUGGAAGGAGAUCCUUUAUUGAUGGAGCAGCUGGUGCCAUCGCUCCUAUUCCCUCUAAUGGUACCAUGAUUAUCAGUGGUAAUGUUAGGGGAAAUAUUGGCCAUCAUAGUGGUAAUAUGAUCAUCAGUGGUAAUGUUUGCGGUAAUAUUGGCUGUAAUGCUGGCGGUAUUGUUGGCAAUAAUAAUGUAUUUGUUACAUCCCCAGCAGUUUACCAUCACCACUUUUACAAUUAAAAGUAAGCAGAUGUUAGGAGGGGAGUCAGUCUUACUGAAAAACUUACUGAAAGACGGUGUUCUUGGAAAAUACAGUAAGUUUUUUUGUCAUGUGUUUAGUGUAGUUAAUAAAUAAAAAUCAAGUGUAAUAUCAUGACUCGUGAUAUGAAAUUAUUCACUUGAAGGUAUCAUUAAAGCAGCCGUCAUCUUGCAAAACAUGCCUACACACAGAAGCUCAUGAAAAUGUACUUCUUAGCCCAUUUUCCAAUUCCACUUAUGGAUAGCUGACUUCAAUAAACUCAUGCAAACCAAACCCUUGUAUCAGGAGAACUAGAUACAGAGCUUGGGGCGGCCCUUCGUUCAUUUCUCUGAAAGUUGCCCAGUGGAACAUAAAGCCAAAAAAGUUUGACUUCCUGGGAUUACAAUUACCAGGAUCUUCUGCAUUGUUGGAGCAAGGGAGCAGCUAGUUUCUGGUUUAGCCUACUGCUAACUUGAAUGGGGUUAGAGGGAUUUAAUAUAGACUUUCGAUGUGGGGAAAAAAUGGGGAAAAAGUCUUUUUGGGCGGCCCAUGGCAUCAUGUGAUGGACCCGGAAGUUGUAAUUCAACUGUUUGGCCACUAUGAAAAUUGGCUUGAAAAUUCAGCACAUUUCCUGAGGCAAAUUUCCAUUUCCUAAGACAGGGAAGGCAUGUUUCUACUUACUCUGCCUUACUCUGCUUUUGAUUGGCUUACUGUGAAUUCUUACCCUCACCCGAACCAAUCCCACUCCUCUUGCUUAAACCUAACCAACCCAACCAACGAUAGCAGCAAGUAGUAGCAAUCAGAGGGACGGUUUGGUGCAUCAGCGUCAUGCCUUUGCUAUCCUUUCCCCACUUUCUGCGGGCCUGCGUGCAAUGGCGGAUUGGUCAUCGGGACGUUCGGGGGGAAUCCCGAUGAGAUGGUCAACAAGUUGCCCGGUGGUCAAAGAAAGAAAGAAAGAAAAAAGUGAAUGUCAAGCAAGUUGCUAGCUGUCAGUACUGCAAUGUGCGUCUCUCCCGUGUUGUUUGUUUGCUGUGAGAUGUUCAGAGGGAACGUAGGUGUCAAUCUUAUUUUUUGAUGCUUGAAGGAGGAGAUAAGAGCGGCCUCUUCCAAUACGAAAGAGGCCCUCGUUUUUCUUGAAAUCUGAUUGGCUCAGCCACAGUCAUCAGUCAUUACUCAUGGCAGACCAGUAUAGUUUGACCAUUAGUGCUAGCUACUGAGAAAGGAGAAAGACAGAAAACAUAAAGCCGGUAAAAAAAAAUAAAAUAAAAUUUAAAAAAAGUGCCGCGGAAAAAACUUGAAUAAAAAAACUUCAAUCUUUACAAGAAGAGGCAGCAAAGUGCUCCAAAAUAACUGACCUGUUUGGCUGCGGCGUUGGUCGAGGGGCUGAGGCUGCCGGUGUUGCUAACGACGGAGAUGGAGAUGGAGCCGACAGUGCCUAGCAGGUGCAUUAAUGUGUGUGUGGGCCAGUGUGUGGGCCGGUGCGCCUGAAUGUCCCAGGCUGAAUUUGUGUCCCAGUUGGCCCCUGCCUGCGUACCCAUCAGAAUUUAAUCCAUUCAACCCAAUUACAUUUGGAAAGUCUAGAAGAGCCAAAUCAUUAAAUCAUUUUAUCCCUAUUCAAGUUAGCAGAGCACCGAACCGGAAGUAGCAGUAGUCUCUUGUACACCUGCUCUAUGGGCCCAACAGUGAGGAAGCAGCAGCAUACAGGUCAUUUUAUCCACAGCAGUUGAGCAUUUUCUGCUUCAAGCACCACUGAGCAACUUUUAUAGGAAUGAACGGGAUCCAGCCUCUUACACUGUAUCCAGUUCUGUUAAUACAUCUACAGUGAUUUUUUUUUUCUUAUUUAAUGUAAAGCACUUUGUACAUUUGUUUUUGAUAUAGAAUAGAAAGCCUUUAUUGUCAUUUUACAAAUAGUAUACAAGGAGAUUAAGAGGGCUACAUCUGAUCAGGUGCCAACUAGUCAUUAAAACACGCAAGUAAAGAAGCAGACAACAUUAUCAUUCAUAAAAUCUGAAAUAAAUUGUGUAAAAAUAGGCUGUAUCAAAGCGUUGCAAGUGUAAAAUAAAUAGUGUAUUGCACUUAAUAGAGUAUAACACUAAUAAGCAGUGGAUUGCACAUAUAGAGCAAGAUCAUUUAUGUUUUGAUCUAUCAGCCUGAUGACACAUGAUGUGUGUUUAAAGCUGUAAAUAAAGUUAAUUGUCAUUACUGUUGUCAUAAAGUGGCUACCGUCUCCAGUUCACCUAUAUUGCAAACAUUUGAUCUCAGAAACGAGGACAAGAAUAAAGCUGCAUAAGUUUUGUUCAUGUGAACUGUUAUCUGAGCAAAAUUCAGUCACUGAGGAUGACAGUGAGAAAGCUCUUGGCAAGAAAAUGUUUUGUUUGUUCUCUUUCUAGCCAUACAGAUAUUUUUUGUAUUAUUUGCCGCUUUUAUUUUGAGUUAUCUGAAUUACUGAAAUUUAAUUCUUCAAUGCAAGGAGCACCGGAAACUAAAUAACUUAUUUUUAAAAAUUCUUCUGCGUCCUACUUGUGUAUUUUGUUGUUGUUUAUUUCUAUGAUUUGCUUUCAUUUUCUGUUUGAUAUGCAUUUAACAGAAUUAUUUAAAAAUUAAAUAAAGUUGAUGAAACUGUGAGAUAUGAGGAUUGUUGUCUUUUCUUCAUCCUAAAAUCAAAAUUAUGCUCUAAUGGUGACUUUUUCUGGCAUUAUUGUUACACAUUUAUUUCUGAUAUCAUUUGAUUUUCCCAAUAAUAAAUGCCUCCAGUCAACUAGUCUCGCCACCAGACAAUCAGCUCAUUCUGUCAGGUAGGAAAUAUCUAUCAGAAUGGACUAUUACCUCUGAGGUAAUAGUCCAUUCUGACAGAAUGAGCUACUCUACUUAUAACCACAUUUAUAGAG